GACUCUCACCGCCUUAUCUCUCGCGACCUCUGUCGUGUCCGGACGCGCACGACAGCCGUGCUCAGCGUCGCUUUAACUCGCGCGUAACGCGCUAUGACGCCCUUUACGAUACUAACUUGUUCAGUUGAUUAUUUAAACCUGAUUUUUAUUAAAAGUGUGGGAUGUAGCCCAGAACUACAAAAGUGACUCGAUUUUUGAUUAUUGUUGUGUUAACUGUAACCGAAAAAGUAAUACUUUGUUCCGUUCGUUAAAUUAAACUCGACGAUGGUGUCCGAAGGGGCUCUGCCCGUGGUUUGGUGUAUGCGUGAUAAUCAAUUAGUACCACAUCAGGUAUCUGGUGUUAAAUUACAAGGUGUCGUCACUGGGGCUCACAUAGCGGCCGUAACAGACUUUUUACGCAUGGUAGCCGGCACCCCGAUAGUUUUACCACAUACCACGUUUCCAGAAAACAUUGAAAAUGACCUUAAUGAAGAAAAAGAAAACACUUCAAGACAAAGGAAAAUAUCAAUGCAAGUGGAAGUUCCUUGUGUUUUCCUGUCCGAAAGUGCGUUACAAAUGGCCAAGAGUCGACAUAAUUCCUUAGAAGAUAAGGUAACGUUAAAAAACUCCAGUACAAACUAUACCGAUUCGCAAAAUACUAGAGAUAGUGUAAUGACGCUUUUUAAUGCAACUAACAAUGACAUGAUGGACGAGGUCUCGUCCACUGGCCCUAGUAUUUCACACUGUACUGAAAAUAUCACUCAAAGAAUAACUAGAAUAAUAGACUUAGAUAAUUUAAAUAACGAAGAAAUUAAUAACGAUCCAGAAAAAGAAUGUUCGCAAAAAAUAACGAGGAUAAUCGAGUUUGAAGAUAGUCAUUCGCCUGUUUCCAAAAGUAAGGAGAACGAAGUGCUUCAGAAAAUUACCAGGAUAAUAGAAUUUAGUGAUAGUAAUUUAUUUUCCAAUAAUCAUGGCGAGGAUGGCCUUAUCGAUCAUAAAGUCUUCAAAUCGAAAUCUAUCGAUUCUAUUCUUCCUUGUAUGGCCAAAAUAAUAGAAAUAGAAAACGAAAAAUCUAAUGAAAGACGAAUUUCUUUAACGAGUGAGCGAGAGAUUAGAUGUGGUCUCGAUCAUUUCAACGAAGAUUCUGUAGCAAAAUUCAGACCAUUGCAAAGAAAUAGAUUUAGCGUCGAUUCCUCUUGCUCCGAAAACUCUUACGCGAAUAUUGAGACCAUUAAGAGUUUACAGGAUGAUAGAAAAGGGGAUAUGUUUGAAGAUCUUACAAAUACCGAAGUUCACACCAAACCCAUUAUUAAAUCGCGGUUUAGGAGGAAAAAAACAUCUGUUUGCUCCAUUGGUUCGUCGGAUUGUGACGAAGAAAUAGACGUAAUUUUUAAAUCUAAGCCAAAAUCUAGUCAGUGGGUUAGUCUCGAUUGGAUCCCUCCACAUAAAGAAGAGCCAGUGAAUACGCAGGUCUGUGAUAAAGAUGAUUUUAUUUCUAAGUGGAUUGCCGAACAAAACUCUCAAAGCUCAGGCAUUUUGGCGGACGAACGGCGAAGAAGCCUUCCGCCGAAAUCGAACGAAAUAUAUUUACAAACGAUGAGAAGGUUCAGCGAUGGAUUACAAAUGUGCAAAGAAGAUGCAGCCAGCGACUCGCCCGCCACCGUCAAAUGGAGAUGGCACGAUUUAGUCAAACGGCAUUUGCAGCUUCUGAAGAAUGAUAAGGGCUUUAGAAGACAGCGAGGUAGUUGGAUGCGCACCGCCCGAAGAUUGUCACACUCAAACGUAAACAAUAGUAGCUUGGACACUUUUCCAUUGGAUACAUAUAUGAAGCUGAACUCUAUGCCAUGGUAUUUCCGAAAAAUAAAACGAAUUGAAGCAGAGAAGAAACUACUCCUGCCGGAAAAUGAACAUGGGGCUUUUCUGAUUCGUGAUUCGGAAAGUCGACACAACGAUUUCUCGCUGUCGGUCCGCGACGGCGACACGGUGAAGCACUACCGCAUCAGACAGCUGGACGAAGGAGGCUUCUUCAUCGCUCGUAGAACAACCUUCAGGACGCUCCAGGAGCUGGUGGAGCAUUACAGCAAGGAUGCGGACGGCCUCUGCGUCUCGCUUAGCAAACCUUGCGUUCAGGUCGAGAAACCCGUGACCGAAGGUCUGUCUCACAGGACGAGAGACCAAUGGGAGAUCGAUCGUUCCUCUCUGAAGUUCGUCCGAAAACUCGGACAUGGACAAUUCGGGGAGGUGUGGGAGGGUCUAUGGAAUAGCACCACGCCCGUGGCCAUCAAGACCCUCAAAUCUGGCACCAUGGACCCCAAGGACUUCCUCGCCGAAGCGCAAAUCAUGAAGAAACUCAGACACAACAAGCUCAUCCAGCUGUACGCCGUGUGCACGCUCGAGGAGCCCAUAUACAUCAUCACCGAGCUCAUGAAGAACGGGUCGCUGUUGGAGUAUCUGCAAGGCAAAGGCCGCGGCCUGAAGCUCCAGCAGCUGAUCGACAUGGCGGCGCAGAUCGCCGCGGGAAUGGCCUAUCUGGAGUCGCAGAACUACAUCCACCGGGACCUCGCCGCCAGGAACGUGCUCGUGGCCGACGCCAACAUCGUCAAGAUCGCCGACUUCGGCCUCGCCAGGCUGAUCAAGGAGGACGAGUACGAGGCUCGCGUGGGCGCGCGCUUCCCCAUCAAGUGGACGGCCCCGGAGGCGGCCAACUACAGCAAGUUCUCCAUCAAGUCCGACGUGUGGUCCUUCGGCAUCCUGCUCACCGAGCUCGUCACCUACGGCCGGACGCCCUACCCGGGCAUGUCCAACGCCGAGGUGAUGCACCAGGUGGAGCACGGGUACCGCAUGCCCUGCCCGCCCAACUGCCCGCCCGCCCUCUACGAGAUCAUGCUCGAGUGCUGGCACAAGGACGCGCUCAAGCGACCCACCUUCGAGACUCUGCAGUGGAAGCUCGAGGACUUCUUCACGAUGGACAACUCGGAGUACAAGGAGGCGUCCGCCUACUGAGCCCGGCCCGCCCUGCCCGCCCGCCGGCACGCGCCGCCCGCGCCGUGCCCGGCCCACCACCGGGGCGACCGCCGCGUGCCGCCCGAGCUGACGCUUCACGCCAGCGCCUCGCUGCAGCAGCUGCAGACGCAGCGGCCGCGGCGCCCGCUGCCCCACUCGGCCACGCUGGCCGCGGUGCCCCUCUGUCCCCACCGCCGGCCCCGCUCGCCCCCCCGGGGCCGAAGGCUCGAGGGAGAGUCGACUUUCGCGCUUUCGUUUCCGACGUGAGUCCGAGCGGAGACGCGCGUCCGAAGCGAACUAGGUUCGGCAGGGAUUUAUUAUUAUUAUUUCGAAGACUAGGGAUGGACUGAUUCGCUAUCUAUAUAUAUUUAUCUAUCUAUCGCCUCCUCCGAUUCGCUCCGAGAGGACGUAUUCGUAAGAGUUAAUUUAUGUAUCUGUAGCAGUAGACUUCUCUUUCGGUCUCGCCCAUGUAAAUAUCGUCCUCCGCUCGGCCAUAGAGCGCAGACGCUCGGGCGGAGGCGACCCGGGCGAGGGGAAUUCCCAAUUUUAUUUAGUUAGCCAAUCUAAGAGCGGUUCGCGGUUUCGAGCCGAACUGAGGUCUCAUUACCUCCGAGUAUUGAUUAAUUAUAUUUUAAGCAGAUAAUGUAACGGUUACGAUAAUUAUACAUAUUACACUCAUUUGUAAAGAUUUUUUAACACUAAAUAUAAAUGUGAAAUAA